GCACACAGGAGGAAGCAGCCGAGGCCUAUGACAUUGCAGCGAUUAAAUUUCGAGGAUUAAAUGCCGUAACUAAUUUUGAAAUAAACAGAUAUGAUGUCAAAAGUAUACUAGAGAGCAACACAUUGCCAAUUGGAGGUGCUGCUAAGCGCCUCAAGGAUGCCGAAAUGGCUCUAGAUAAACAAAGGAGUUUUGACGAAAACCCGAGUUCACAUUUUACCGAUGGACUUAAUAGCUAUAGCGCAAAUCACGGCUGGCCAGCCAUUGCUUUCCAGCAAGCUCAGCCACUGAGUAUGCACACAUCUUAUCCCUAUAGCCACCUAAGACGAGAUACUGAUGUCAUUCAAAGUUUUCGUGAUCUUCAUCAACUUCAACUAGGAAAUGCUCAAAAUUUCUUGCAACAUUCAGGGUUGCACAAUCUCAUGAGCCUGGACUCUUCUUCCAUUGAACACAGUUCGGGAUCGAAUUCGAUCAUUUACAGCAACAAUGGAGCAGGGGACGGGAAUGGAACCGAGGGUAACUUUUUCGUGCCAAUGGGAACUGUGUUAGCUCAAGACGAAGUGAAGCCACUUGAUUAUGAAAACAUGUUUGGAACGGGGUCGGGGGAUCCUUAUCUUCAGGAAAGAAAUUUCUAUUAUCAAUCUCAACAACCUUCAUCGAAUGGCAUAGUGAAAACUGCUAGUGUUUGUGAUCAGGCCUCCACUUGUAACAAUUGGAUUCCUACUGGUGUACCAACUCUAGCUGCUAGGCCUAACAAUAUGGCUGGUUGUCAUGGAGCUUCAACUUUUACGGUGUGGAAUCAAACAUAA